AUGGCUCCAAUAUUCUCUCUGUUUCUUGUUUUGAUGACUGAAUUUUCAUUAGCAACAGCUCAACAAAGAAACUCCAACAUAAGCCUAGGCUCUUCUCUCUCUCCAGCCUCUAGCAACUCAUUUUGGUCCUCCGGUUCUGGCCAAUUUGCAUUUGGGUUCUACCCAAAUGGUGAUGGCUUCUCCAUAGGCAUCUGGUACGCAACAAUUGCCCAGAAAACAGUCAUUUGGACAGCGAACCGAGAUGAUCCACCAUUUCGCAGAGAUAGUAAAUUGGUUUUGAGUAAUGAUGGAAGGCUGAUAUUGCAACAGGGGGAGGACCCUGAGAAAAUAAUUGCCGUUGGGUCCGAGAUUGGUUCAUCAGCUUCCAUGCUGGACACCGGCAACUUUGUUCUCUAUAAUUCACGUUCAGAGAUCAUAUGGCAGAGUUUCGACGCUCCAACAGACACCCUUUUACCCCGUCAGCAGCUUCGCCAACGGCAAGAACCGAAUGAGUUGUUCUCUAGCAUCUCUAAGUACAAUCACUCCACUGGCAAGUUUCGGAUGUUAAUGCAGUUGGAUGGAUACCUCGCGCAAUAUCCAACAGGCAGCCCGAAUACAAUAGAAUAUGGUUACUGGGAUUCGGGAAUAUACGGAGCCGGAAACAAUGUGACAUUGAAUCUUGAUGACAAUGGCCGAUUAUACUUGCUUAACACCAGUGGCAAUAUAAAGAAUCUAUAUAAUGGAGGAGUUGUCACUGAUAAACUGAUGUACCGCAUGACACUCGAUGCAGAUGGAAUAUUCAGGGUUUACUCAUAUGGUUUGAAUCGGAGUGAUGAUGAUUGGAAAGUUAAGUGGUCAUCUUCCGACAACAAGUGUCUUCCUAAAGGCGUGUGUGGGGAGAAUCAAUAUUGUACCUUGAUGAAUCAAGAAGCUGUUUGUACAUGUCCUCCUGGUUAUGUUUUGAUCGACGAGAGCCGGAAUGACUCUGGCUGCAACAGAAAUUAUGCUAGGGAUGGGAAUGUUUCACUUAAUUUUUAUGAGUUAGACAAUGUAGUUUGGUUCAAUGGUUCGUAUUCCAUACUCAACAGCCCGAGCAGAUUUGCUUGCGAAGAUCAGUGUUUGAAAGAUUACUACUGUGAAGUUGUGCUCUAUAAAGAUAACAAGUGCAUGAAACAAAACCUUCCACUAAAAUUCGGAAAAUUUCAGCAGAAUGAUCAAGCAAUUUUGGGAGCACAAGAUGUGUGGGAAGUUGUUUCCAAAGGUUAUGAUGAGCUAGAAGAUGAGGCAACUUUGUCUCAAGUCGAAAAAGAUAUUUUACAAGCCAUGAGAAAGAAGGACCAAAAGGCGGUGAUAACCAUCCAUCAAUGUUUGGAUGAUGGAAUGGGUGAAUUUGAAGCAUUGCAUAUGAAAGAAUCUGAAUCAAUUUCAGAUUAUUUUUUGAGGGUUCUGGCUAUUAUAAAUCAACUAAGGAGAUAUGGCGAAACCACCAUGACUGAUACAAGGGUCGUUGGAAAGAUCCUUCAGUCGUUGGAUUCCAAAUUCAAUUACAUUGUUAUGGCCAUUGAAGAGUCAAAGGAUUUGAAUUCCAUGACUGUUGAUCAACUCAUGGGUUCGUUGCAAGCUCAUAAAGAAAAGGUAGUGAAGAAACAAGAAGCUUUGGAGCAAGUACUACAAACAGAGUUUUCGUUAAACGAAAGAGACGAAAAACAUGGAGGAAAUCAAAGGGGCCAAGGACUUGGAAAUGUACGUGGCCGAGGAAGAGGAAGAGGCCGUGGAAGAGGAGAAAGAAGCGGUCAACACGCAACCAACAAUGAAGAAAAAGUUUAUGACUCACAACAAAUAAGAGGUCGUGGUAGAGGAAAUUACUCAAGGUCAUAUGGAAUGAGGUAUGAUAAGUCUCAAAUUCAAUGUUACAAUUGUCAAAAGUAUGGUCAUUAUGCUUCAGAAUAUAGAAAUGUUACUAAUGAUGUUGAAGAAAAGGCUAAUUUUGUUGAUGAAGAAGUAGAGCCAACUUUGUUGUUGGCAUACAAAGGUGAAAGGAGUGAUUAA